GGUGUUUCGGUGUUGAAGCUGCAGAGAAGGAGUGAAGCGUUCAGGAACCUCAACGGUCACACACACGAAAAGGGAAAAAAGGGAGGAGAGCUGGCGGUUUGCGGCGCAGUGCGCUACUGCGCAUACCCGGAAAGAAAACAAGUCGACCACGUGGGUUUGACCCGAGUGAGCAGCCGCAGAGGAUCGAGACUUCAUACAAAUGAGAACAACAUCUCGGUGAGGUCAUGAGGGGUCGCGGCCAUCGGGCUGGACGAGCCGCGAGGAAGAGGAGGCAGAAGCAAGAAGGCGUCGUCCAGUCGGUCUCUCUGGGUCACCAGCUGCAGUACGUGAGGCUGAUGAAGUUUCUUCGCCAGCGGGGAUUCACCUCCACGCUGCUGCAGCCGGCGCUCUUCACAGAAACGGGGAGAGGACUUCGAGCCCUCAAGAGCAUAAAGCCGGGCCAGCUGAUCAUUUCUCUGCCAGAGUCCUGUCUCCUCACAACCUCAACUGUUCUAGACAGCUACCUGGGACCGUAUAUCAAGAGCUGGAAGCCCCGCCUCUCUCCCCUGUUGGCCCUCUGCGUCUUCCUGGCGUGCGAGCGCCACCUGGGAGAGGCCUCCGAUUGGUUCCCUUACAUCGACGUGCUGCCCGUCGCUUACGCAUGCCCCGCCUACUUCGCCGACGACGUCGUGGCGCUCCUGCCGAGCGGCGUGCGGCGGCGGGCUUUGGAGCAGAGGGAGGCGGUGCUGGACAUCCACUCGUCUCACCGACGCUUUUUCAGAUCCCUGCAGCCAAUCCUGAGUCAGCCCGUGGAUGAGGUGUUGACGUAUGAAGCGUUGAGGUGGGCGUGGUGUAGUGUCAACACGCGCUCCGUCUUCAUGUCUCACCCGCCCAACGACUCCCUUUCUGGGCCGGAUGUUUACGCCUUAGCACCCUUUCUGGACCUGCUCAACCACCGGCCUGACGUGCAGGUAAAAGCAAGUUUCAAUGACGUGACCGGGUGUUACGAAAUCGGCAGCGUUUCCGGGACACUGCGCUACCAGCAGGCCUUCAUCAACUACGGUUGCCACGACAACCAGCGCCUGAUGCUGGAGUACGGAUUCGUCGCCCCCGGCAACCCCGACAGGGUGGUCUACGUGGACGCAGAUCUCCUCUGUGACAUCUUAAGAGGUGACGGGAGUUUGGAUCAGAAGAUCAAGUUCCUCAAAGAGAACAAGUUUCUCCAUAAUCUCACUGUGUCCAGUGAAGGUCCGAGUUGGAGGCUGAUGACGGCGCUUAGACUGUUGUCUCUUCCACAAACACUUUACCACCUCUGGAAGGCGGUGUUGCUCGGCCAGGUGCAGUGCGAGGAGAGAGAGGAGUGGAGCGUCCAGACAGCCAAGACUCUCUGUCGGCGACUCCUUCAAGACUCUCACGCAGCUCUGGAUACGAUCUCCCGUCUCCUCCUGCGGUGCGACCAGCCGGUCAGGGAGCAGCUCGACGUGGUCAAGUCCCUGCGACAGGAGGAGAGGUGCAUUCUGGGAAGCUGUCUCGAGGCACUGGAAGGCCCGGCGAGACGCGACGACAUGCCGACCUGACGCUGACAUCCGAUCGGUCGGUUGCCAGUCGCUCCAAGAAGCACCUGAGCUCCUCCUCGAUCCUCCGGCUUAAGACCUGGAAAAUCCGUCUUGCCGCUCCUUCUGGAAGGACACCCCGAUUACCCAAGAUGCACCAGGAUGCUUUUUCCAGGGAAGCGGUGACAUGCAAACAAGGUCUUUUUGUCAAAUGCACCUCCUCUCUCUCUCUCUCUCUCUCUCCUUGCUUUCUCCGCUCGUACCUUCCUUGGGAGAGGCGGAGGAGAGGAGGCGAGGAAAGGAAAUCAAGGGUGUACAAAGUGUAAAAAGAACCCUUGGCGAUGCCGGACAGUUCCAGAGGGUCGCAGGUUUGAUUCCGGGCGGGGCCGAAAGAGCGUCGGCCCUGUUCUAAUGGCCGUAAGCAAGACGGUGAGGAUCUGGUCGACAACACACAACAAGCGCUCUAAAGAGUGUGUGUAAGAGUGUGUGUAAGAGUGUGUGAAAUAGUGUGUGUAAGAGUGUGUGUAACAGUGUGUGAAAGAGUGUGUGAAAGAGUGUGUGUAAGAGUGUGUGAAAGAGUGUGUGUAAGAGUGUGUGAAAGAGUGUGUGUAAGAGUGUGUGAAAGAGUGUGUGUAAGAGUGUGUGAAAGAGUGUGCUCUUCUCACUCCUGUAAGACGGAUUUGUCUUGUUUCUUUUUCGGAUUUAAAGUGACAGUACAGUUCCCGAUCAUUUCAAAUUUGAGACUCGAGUAAUUCGAAAAAUACAGAAGACAACAACUGCAACACAGUAAGUUUUAUGACAGCCACUCAAAUUGCAGUUUGUUUUUAUCUUGUAAUUUGGAUAACUGCUGUAUUUACACUAGAAGCAAGAAUUUUUAUAUUCAUGAUAAAAAUGUGUAUUUAUUGAGUGAAA